AUGGGAAAUCCGGUGUAAAAUUCAAGAGAUUAGUAUCAACAGGUAUUGAAAUUGCUUUUACACGACCUAGGUGAUCAACAUGAUAAGGACUUAGUGGAGGGAGAAGCAGUGGAUUUUAUAUGGGCUCAUGGCAAGACGGAGGCCAAUUAAACAGUAUCGAAUCAUGGGAAUGUAAAUAGAGGAUCAGUGGUACUGAAUUUCACUGAUGAUGGAGGAAGCAACGAUGUCAUUAUAGUGGAUGGAGACAACACCUAUUACUUUCAUAAAUGGACGAACUUUGUCUGUUGGGGCAUUGCCAGUGAUGUUGCUAUAAUAGUGGGUAGAUAUUACAAGACUUGGGGAUAUCGUACAUAUCUCCAUGGAUUCUUGUUCAUCCUAAUAGUGACAAGUUCAAUCACCACUGCUCUGAUGAUGUUGAGUACAGAUUGGACUGUUUUGGAAUGGAUCAAUUUUAAGGAACAAUCUAUUAAAAAUAAAUUCCAUAUCAUCAUAUUUAUGUUGGUAGCUAUAUUAAUGAUUGCACAAAGUAUUGGAGGCAUAAUCUACAAUUAUAUGUUAAGUUCUUUAAAGGUUAAUCAGCAAGUGUCAGUCAAACCUUCAAUUCACGCUAUUAUGGGCAGUGUUGUAUACACACUGGGGAAAUUACAGAUCAUAGCAGGACUCUUCAUGGAUAACGAUGUUAGACUCAUGUUGAUCUUGGGAGCUGUUUUUACUACUCGUCUCAUUUUGGAGAUCUUGUAUCAAAAAGGUAGUUUGGUUAAUGUGAUAAUGACUGGGAAAGACUCGAAUUCCAGUAAGGUUUAUGAUGAUGGUUAUAAUCCCUUGUUGGAAAUCAACAAUAGUAACUCAGAUGACAAUUUCGAAAAGAAUUCCUCAAAGUUGUGGUGUAUCUAUAAAAACCAAGUGGUUGAUCUAUCAUAGAUGAUCCAUCCUGGUGGCAAUUACAUUUGGAAACUCAUUCAAGGCCAAGAUGUUACUAGGUACAUUCUAGGAGCCUAUACUCUUGACUCACUCAAAAUCAAAACACACAAACACAGCAUUUACACUCUCAAAAUAUUAGAAUAAUAUACUACUGGAAUCUAUGUCAAUUCAGAUCUAGAAUUCUUUGUCAAUACUGCCAAUCACAGAGUAGUCAAAUAAUUAAGAGAGACCUGGAAGUUGAAUACCAUCUGUCCUUACACUGAUUAAAUUGCUUACUUUGGAUUUAUAAAUGAAAAGUAUCAAUUCAAAAACACUUUACCCGGUCUCCAAACUUUCGGUUAAUACUUCGUUAUUAAAUCUAUUGAGGAUGAUGAAAUUUCAACUAGACAAUAUACUAUGGUGUUGAGUAUGACUUAUCAAAGGACCAAAUUUAGAAAGGAUCUGUCCGAUCUCUUCAAAAAAAUACUCUCUUUGUAAAGCAUACAAAAGGAAAUUCCAAAGGAAGAAGAGUAUUGUUCUGAAUUACCUUUGAUCAUUAAGAGGUAUCAAACAAAAAGUGGAUUAUCAUCCUUUAUUCAUGAGGACAAUAGAAAUGGACAGUAUCAAAUAGAAGGACCCUAUGGAAAUAAUAUUACUAUUGAAAAUGGUAAUCAUCUAGUCUUCAUUGCUGGUGGCACUGGAUUGUUCCCCUUCUUGGAUAUACUAGAGUAUCAACUUAAAUUGACCUAUCAUAAAAUAUUAUUGAAACAAUUCGGUUUAGAGGCUGCUCAAAUUAUCAAUACAGGAGUUGUUAAGAAUUUCAAGAUCACUCUAUUUCUAGCUGUCAAUUCAGCAGAAGAUUUGAUUGGCAAAGACAUCUACUUUAGCCUGCUAUCCUUGUAGUCCCAAUUGGAUAUACCCAAUUUCACGAUGGUUGUCAAAGGAAACUUUAAAUUAAAAGAAUGUGAAAUUAUCACCCAAAGAUUCAACGCCCAAGUCUUUAAAUCAUCCAUAGGUGAUUUGAAUUCUGUAACCAAAUACUUCAUUUGUGGACCACCCACUAUGAAUUUCACAACAGAAAAGAUCUUAAAAGAAGCAGGACUAAAAAACAUAACUGUUCUUUGACCAAUUUUAUUUAGAAUUAUUGAUUCAUAUUUAAUGUGUAAUUUAUUCUAAUAACAAAAAUAAA